AUGUCGACGCCAGUGCCCCCCCUCCCCGCGAGGAAGUGCGAAGCCCCGGCUAGGAUGUGUUUGUGUGGGAACAAGAUUUCGGCUGCUGACACCCACCAGGUGUGUGCCGCGUGUCUGGGGCUGCAACACGGCCAGACCGCGUUAACAUCCCCGGAAGUGUGUGAACACUGCGCCCGAUUUUCCCUCCGGUCUCGCCGACGUAGGCUAGCACGCCUAGCUAGUCUCACCGACGACGACCCCAUGCUAGGAGCGGAUGACCUCCCUCCCCUUGAGUCAGCAACCCUUUCCCAGGAGCCGGCCGGCGCUGGAGAACUGGGCGAUAGCUGGGGCGACCAGCUCGACGCUCUAUCGCCUAUAUCCGACACCGAAGACAGCCCAAUGGGGAUGCUAGGUGCGACUGGCGAAGCUGAACUCAUCUCAGAGGAUGACUCCGUCGACCUACUAUCCCUGGGGGAUGAGGAUGGCGAUGACUUAUUCCUCCCAGCCACUCAGGCUGCUCGCCCGAGCGGCGUGAGAAGUGAUAGCACCGCCACUGAGGCUGAUGAAGCCGCAAGCGUGGGCCUUCACGACGUCUGCAAGAGAGCAGCUGCAACGCUCGGCGUUCCCUGGCCUGAGGCCCAGAAGGAGACCGUGUCCUCUCGCUACGAGGGAAAGAGGCUCCCGAAGGCUAAAAGCUCCACCAGACAACUACUGCCCGUCUUCCCCGAGUGCCUCGAGGAAGCCACACGCUCAUGGAGCAGCCCAUUCUCAGCGAAAAACCCGGCUCAAGGGCUCGCGGCGCUGGAAUGGCCAGACAUGGAAAGCAGUGGAUUCUCCCAUCUGCCCCCUGUCGAACCGCUCCUGGCCUCCCAUCUCCACUCCACCCAGAAGUCUGCGAUGACCCCCUCGGGACCCGCAUUCCCCUCCAAAGCCGACAAUUUCCAGUCCGCUGUGACUGAAAAAAGCUACAAAGCAGUGGCGUCGGCGGUGAGAGCUCUCAACGCCUCAUCUCUGCUCAUGGCCUACCAAGCCGAGCUGGAGGAAGACUUCUCGUCCGCCCCCAACCAGCCAGCUGUGUGGGACGAAAUGUGUGUGGUCACAGACCUCUGCCUACAGCUACACAGGUGUGCGGUGCAAACGGCGGGACGGGCUAUGGCCCUCCUGGUCUCUCAAGAGAGAGCUCGCUGGCUCAACCUCUCCAGCCUCUCCCACAAGGAGAAGACCCAGCUGCUAGAUGUGCCCGUGGACCCCAAAGGCCUCUUUGGACCAGCCGUGGCCACUAUGCAAAAGCGGUGUGAGGAAAAGAAACGGGACGGGGAAUCUGCCCGUGUUCUACAGGGGGAAAUAAUUUCCCUGUUAAACAAACAAGUGAUCAGGGUAAUCCCCUUCGAGCAAAGCCGUCACGGUUUUUACUCGAGGUAUUUUCUGGUCCCAAAGAAAGGGGGGGGCUUGCACCCGAUAUUGGACCUGCGUGCACUGAACAGAUACCUAAGAAAGUACAGGUUCAGGAUGCUAAUCAACGACGCAUUAAUGCGCUUCGUGCGCCCGGGCGAUUGGUUCACCUCAGUGGAUCUGACCGAUGCGUUCCUACACGUCCCGAUCUAUCCGCCCCACAGAAAGUUCCUCAGGUUUGCCUUUCGAGGUGUGGCCUACGAGUGGCUUGCCCUCCCAUUUGGCCUUGCGCUCAGCCCCAGAGUCUUCAUCAAGGUCACCAAAGCGGCUAUCGCGCCGCUCCGGGAAAAAGGUUUACGUCUGGCUACUUUUAUCGACGACUGGCUGGUGGCCGCGUACUCAUACCAGGAAGCGCAGCAGCACACGGCUCUCCUAACGGAGCACCUGUUGUUACUAGGCUUCAGAAUAAACUGGGAGAAAAGCGUGCUGUGCCCGUGUCAGAUCACCACCUUCAUAGGGCUGUCUCUAAACAGAGCGCGCCUGUCAGCGGAACGAGUCAAAGCGUUCCGCGCAUGCCUCGCGCUUUUCCGCAGGGGGGCUACUGUGAAAUUCAGGGUCUGCCUCAGACUCCUGGGCCUCAUGGCGUCAGCCUUGGUGGUCGUUCCCCUCGGCCGUUUAUACAUGAGGGCUGUUCAGCGAUGGGUGGCGUCGCUGGGAUUGAAUCCCUCGCGUCACUGCCAUCGCCCUGUCGCAAUCUCAGCAGCCUGCUGCGCUGCGCUAAGGCCCUGGAAACGCCCACUCUUCCUCACAGAGGGAACUACGAUGGGUGCUGUCUUACACAGGAAAGUAGUGACGACGGAUGCCUCGCUGAGCGGCUGGGGAGCUACUCACGAGGGCAGGUCGAUAAACGGGGUGUGGGACUCACACAUGCAAACUUUGCACAUAAACCGUCUAGAACUGAUGGCGGUUUGGCUCGCACUCAGACAUUUUUUGCCCAUCCUGAGAGGGCAUCAUGUCUUGGUCAGAACAAACAACACCACUGUGGUGGCUUAUGUCAACAAGCAGGGGGGACUGAGGUCUCGUCAUAUGCACACGUUGGCACACAGACUGAUCUUAUGGAGCAGCACACGGCUCCUGUCGUUGAAAGCCACACACGUCCCCGGUGUAUUGAAUUUGGGUGCAGAUUUAUUAUCCAGGGGCAACCCCCGCUACGGAGACUGGAAACUCCACAGCGAUGUGUCAAAUCUGGCUCAAAUCUGGUUGCGAACGGGUCGAGCGAAAGUGGACUUAUUCGCCUCAGAGGAGAAUGCGCAAUGUCCGAUGUUUUUCUCCCUGCGCGAUCAGAAAGCCCCGUUAGGGAUAGAUGCUUUGGCACACCAGUGGCCACACGUCCUGCUCUAUGCCUUCCCUCCGUUGGAACUGAUCACUCCAACGCUCGCCAGGGUGCGGGAACAGAGCCUCUCACUCAUUCUCGUAGCCCCGCGCUGGCCAGGGAAACCCUGGCUUGCAGAAAUAAUCCCGUUACUCCACUCCCCACCGUGGCCGCUGCCCCCCCGCAGGGACCUGCUGUCCCAAGCAAACGGGGAAAUAUUUCACCCUCAUCCAGAGCGCCUGGCCCUCUGGGACUGGCCCGUGAAAGGCUGA